AUGGAUUCAAAUUUGGCACCAUUGAGUUCUACUCUUGGAUCUCUACCAGAUUCCUCUAAUGAUUGCUUGUUGAGCCAAAUUAUAUGUGGAUCUCCCAUUGGAUAUAAUCCUCCUUUUGAUCAAGAAAAGAAUUAUAAUGAAGACAAUAAUGUUCGAGCACAAUUAAUAAAUAACAAUAACAUCCCAAUUAUGUCCUCAUUACCACAAGAAAAUUAUGGUAUUCAUCACGAUAAUAGGGAAAAAUCAAUUUUUGAUAUUGUUGAUGCUGCUAUGAAAGAAAUGCUUGUACUUUUGGAUGUGAAUGAUCCAGUCUGGGUAAAAUCAUCAGGUAACGAGAGGUGUUGUAUACAUCGUGAGAGUUAUGAUAGAAAAUUUCCAAAUUCAUAUCGGCCUUAUAAAUCAUCCACUACUCGAAUUGAAUCAUCAAAGCAUUUUGGAGUUGUGCCAAUGACUGCAAUUGAGUUGAUCCCAAUUUUUCUUGACCCGAUUAAAUGGAUGAACAUGUUCCCCACUAUAGUUAGAAAAGCUAGGAAUAUUGAUGUUAUUAAUCCUGGGAAUAUUGAAGGCUCUAUACAAUUGAUGUAUGAACAAUUGCAUAUUUUAUCUCCUUCAGUGGAAGCUAGAGAAUUUUUCAUCAUACGCUGUUGUAGAAAACUUGAUCAAACAACAUGGAUAAUGUUGGAUGUUUCAUAUGAUUUAUUCAAAGAGAUUCAAACUCAUGUACCUUCUUAUGCUUGGAAGUUUCCUUCUGGUUGUGCAAUCCAAGAUAUGGGCAAUGGAGGAAGUAUGGUUACGUGGAUUGAACAUGUUCAAGUAGAUGAAAAAAAACACUUUAAUGGUAUCUUUAAAGACAUGUUGUGUGGUCAUCAAACAUAUGGAGCUGAAAGAUGGAUUGUUACACUUCAAAGGAUGUCUGAGAGAUAUAAUUUUGCAAUGGGUGCAACAUGUCCUACUAAGCAUGAUCUCAAAGGAGUGGUUUAUGAUAUUCCAAAAGAGGUGAAAAAUUUGAUGAAUCUGUCUCAAAGGAUGGUGAAGAGUUUUUGUGAAAUCCUAAACAUGACAGAUAAAUUAGAUUUUCCAACUUCAUCACAAUUGAAUAGUGGAGAUAGGGUUUCUAUAAGAAAAAAUAUAGAAAUUACCCAACCACAAGGCUUCAUUGCCAGUGCUGCUACUUCUCUAUGGCUUCCCCUUUCAUUUGAAACUAUUUUUAAUUUCCUCAAAGAUGACAAUACAAGAUGUCAGUGGGAUGUUUUGUGCGGUGAAAAUAAUGUUAUUGAGAAAGAUAAAGUACAAACAGGAACUUCUCUAGAAAAUAAUAUUACAAUCAUUCAGCCUUAUAUGUCAAUAGAGAACAACAUGUUAGUUCUUCAAGAGUCAAACAUCGAUGACAUGGGAGCCUUUUUAAUCUAUGGAACCAUUGAUUUAUCAACAUACAAUUCAAUUGUCAAUGGAAGUGAUGCAAAAGAAAUUGCUAUUUUGCCCUCAGGUAUCAUGAUAAGUCAUGAUGGUCGCCUCGGCUCAGAUAGGAACAAUAAUGGAAAUGUGCAAAAUGGUUCAAUCUUGACAGUGGCUUUGCAAAAAUUAAUUUGUGCCGAUAAUAAUUUAAUCUCUCAACACCAACAAAUGGAGGCAGAAGAGAAACAAAGAGAAUUCAGACCCAUAUAUUCAAUCUCUUUGAAUGCAAAUGUUCUUGACAACAAAGGCAGCAGUAACAGUUCAGGAGGAAACUACUAUUCAGGCAACAGUAGUAGUAAAAAUGCUAUAGUGUAUGACUAUUGUAAGAGGACAGUACACACUAGGGAUAAGUUUUACAAGUUACGUAGGUAUACUCAAGGCAACAACAAUCACAAUUACAAGUCAAGGAACUACAAUGAUGGUCAGAACUUUAGGCAACAAAGCUCAAACAUCAAAGGAAAAAGAGUGGUGGCAAAUGUGCAUGGUGCUGCAAAUGGCAUGAUGUCUUCUCGUGGAGAGGAACAACCACAAGGUUACAAUCAUCCAAGUGCUGGCUUUACUCUCACGCCUCAAUUUCCAUUAAGACGGACUGAUACCCGAUGCCCUAAAGGCCCGAGAGAACCAACAUAG